AUUCUUUAAAAUUGCAAAUACUUACUAAUUCCAUGGUUCUAAUUAUGUCAGAACCACGCCCAAUGUUUAUGUAUUUGUUCGUGUCCCCUCUUAACCUGGCUAUCCUAUACUUUCUAUCCUUCAAUCUUAAUUCCUUACGAAAAAAGUAUCGCGGUACAGUUUCCCCACUCUUUAUCGACCAUAUCCAAUCCCAUUGGAAACAGUGGCACCCAAAAUUCGAUUGAUCCCCCUGCAACCUUAGCUGCAUAUAAAUAGUGGGCCAAGUUUGAAACUUCGUCAGAGCACGACUUCUUCACGUAAAAGUAAAAUGGCAUUCAAGUUUGUAAUAUUCGCAGCUUUCUUGGCAGCAGCCAACGCAGGUGGCCCAGCUUCUUACGACAUCGCAGCAUCAUCAGGAGAUCAUAGCAGCAUUGGUUUUAGCCAGGAGUCUACGCAAAAAGGAUUCGCUGGCCAGAACGUGAUCUCCUCUUACACGAAAUCUGACGAUUCCGCUCAUUCCUUUGUUCGUGUCAGCAGUCAGAGUAUCAGCAACGAUGCUCUUUUGAACUACGACAUUGCUCAUGCUCCCCUCGUGAAGGCUGCCUAUUCUACGCCAGCCUAUCUCGCCCCAACCGCUGCUCCUCUUAUUGCCAAGACUUAUGCUGCACCGUACAGCUACAGUGCUCCUUUGUUGACCAAGACCUACGCCGCCUCUGCUCCUUUGAUUACCAAGACUGCUGUAGCUGCACCAGCUCCUCUUUUGCACGCUGCACCAGCUUCUCUUCUGACCAGAUAUACCGCUCCAAUCGGUACUGUAGCUCCAGCUCCUCUCUUGCACGCUACAUCAGCUGCACCUUUGUUACACGCCGCUCCAGCUUCCUUCUUGCACGCUGCACCGGCUGCUCCUCUUCUUGCCAAGAGCUACGGAUACGCUGCCCAGGCUCCAAUCAUCGCUAAAAGUGCUCUGAUCGCUCCAGCCGCCGGAUAUACUGCCUCCAUUACGCCAGCUGCUCCUCUUCUGGCCAAGACUUACGCCGCUGCUCCUAUUGCUCAUCAAGCUCAACUGAUCACCAAGGCUUACGGAUACGAAGCUGCCGCCCCCGUUGUACACACCGUUUUCAAUGGUUUCGGUACCAGCUAUGCCUGGUAAAUUUCUGAUUCCAAUUGUGAUAACCCUUUUGAUUUCCUUUGAGAGAAGGAUAGAUCUUAGUCUUCUCAAGCCCUAGGAAUAUUGGAUCUCUCGAAUGAAAUUUCGAAAGUUCGAUGAUUCUAAAAAAAAAUAUUAUCUCUUAGACAAAGUUCUAUUGAGAUAUAAUUUAGACGAUGAAUUUUACUCAAGGAGGCGUUGUUUUUUUAAAAAUAAUAUGUGAUUCAUUAGGAAUGAAAGGGUUAAUAUGACAAAUAAUAAGAUUAUGAUUCAGAUUUGUAGAUAAAUAUUUUGAUUAUUUCACGUUAUUGAAACUAUCAGAUAGAU